UUAAAAUGGCGCCUGAGACGUUGAAGGAAGAGUUGAUCCUACUAAAAGAUGUACUUAAGUUGGUAUCUUCUAUAAAUUUGAGAGACCAGCGAAGAGCAUGCAAGGAAAUAUUUAAACUGAUUGCCAGUUACGGUGAUUCAACAAAUGAAGUAUUCAAAGUCGUUAGUGAUUUAUUGAAAACUGGCCUACAGCGACAAAACAGUAAAACAUCUAACAAGCUUCUUCCAGGAAUUGUAAGCUAUAUUGCGCAAAAUGGUCAUGCUGAAAAAUUUGUGCCUUACUGGGAAAAGUCUUUAAAGGCUUUCCGGAAAGAUUGCAUAAAAUCAAAAUCAACAAGCUUUAUUGCUUCUAAUUUCAUUUUGUGCACCAUUUUGCUUAUUGGACCAAAAACUAAUGUUGAUCCUAAGCUCUUCAUCGAAUCGAUCUCAAAGCUAUGCAGUAUAGCUUUCGUUGAUGAAAGAGCUCGAAAACUUGUACAAAAAUACCUUAAUCGGUACUUUAGUAGCUUUCCGAAGGAGGGCCCUGAAAAUUUAUUAAAUAAUCUACCGAAAAUAGAAGAAACUGACGAUCUUUGUUUUUAUUUUAUUGUGAUACAAUAUUUAAAAAGGGAGAAUAAUGAAGAUGCAAUAAAGAACAUAACAACUGAGAUUGCACCUCAAUUUUGUAAACUACUACUUAGCUCUAAGACUGAACUACCCCUGCAUCAUUUGGAUAUCUGCAAGCUCAUCUUAGGUCUAGUUGAUAAUUCUGAAAUGGAUUCUAUUUACAUAUCUCCUAUUGAGAAAAAUAUGCUAAGAAAUCCAGAAACGGCCAUAUCCAUAUUGAGAGUUAUGUUGGAGAGUACAAAUUUAAAUAUGUCUCGCCAUUGUUCAAUGUUGGCGAAACAUAUUUCAUUGGCCUUGAGAAAUAAAGAGGAAAGUAUAAGAAAGGAAUCACUAUUGGCUGUUAAUGCUUUAGCCAAAACUGUUGAUGAUGGUGAAGCAAUGUACAAAUUUAUCAAACUACUUUUCGACAUUAUUGGAGGGUCAGAAGGUAAAAUAACGCAACCGGGAAUAAAGGCUAUUCUUGUUGAAGCGAUAGGCAAAACAAUUGUAGAUAUUACACCACACCUUGAAAUAGCCGAUAAAGUCUGUGAACUAUUUCUACCUCUCAUAAAAACUGAAGUUAAUGACUCAUUGCUUAACAAUAUUAUUUUAGCAUUCGGGAAAUGGGGGCUUAUUGCAAAGAAAAAAUUGCCUUCCAAUGUUCAUCAAUAUUUAUUCAAGCAAAGUCUUACAAUGAAAAAUUCUACACCUAACGCUAAAUGUUAUUAUUUGAAAUGCAUGUAUGAUCUUAUUGUUGAACAUGAUCAGAAUUUGGAAAAGGAAAUGAUAAAAAUUGCUGACAAGGGUACUGCUAAUCUUGGAAAUUCUCAGAUUGUUGUACAAUCUUUAAUUGCAAUAUGUAUUUUAUGGAAAAUGGGUAAUUACGGCAAUGGAUAUUCCGAUUAUAUGAAGCAGUCUUUACCGAAUUAUCUAAAAUCAACAGUUUAUCUUUCAUUUAAAACACUUGUACAGGCUCCCGGCAAUUUACGUUUGGAUAUUUCGAGAAUGGUUGAAUCAUUAUAUAAACAUCAACUUAUUACUGAUACUAAAACUUUUGCCUCAACCUUGACCAUUGGUCUUUUGCAAGCUGAUAAUAAGGAAAGAAAGGACCAUGUUGCCAUAAUUAAGAGAAAUGUAGCACUAGAAUGUGAUGAUUUUAUAAUUAAUAUUCUUGACGAGCUUGGUGAAAAAUUGUCCGAAUUUAGUGGAGAUAUUGUUGAAAGAACUAUAUUAGAUUUAUGCUCCUGUCUUGUUGACAAGAAAUUGGAAAGUAAAAUAGCAUUUUUAAUGAACGUCUGCCUUUCAGUGCACUCAGAUAAAAUUAGCAAUUGUACGUUUCUUUGGAAUAAGCUACUUAGGCAAUUAAAUUUAAAUUGGAAUGAUUGUUCAGAAAUUAAAUAUAUCCAAAAAUUUACUAAUCCAAAUGAACUAUCUGAGGAUUGGAAGAGGAGCGUUAAAAAUUUAGCUUUGACUCACGAUAAGUUCACAAAAGAGUUUGUUAAAGAAUCAAUGAAAGGUCUUCGAGAAAAUUAUGUUGAAGGUGUUGAAGAGAAAGAUGUGGCUAUAAUGAAUCAUCCAGAGGACGAUCUCUGGGAUAUAUCUAUUCUAAUAAAUGAAGAAGCAGGAGAUUCUAAAAAGAAUUUAAAAAAGGAAAAUAAGUUAUAUUCCUAUGAAGAGCAAUUAGCUGAAAUUGAAAUAAGGCGUGAAGUUACGAGAAAGCGUAUUGCCGAGGGUAAAGCUAUAAACUUAACAAAAAAACAAGAAGAGCUAAAGAAAGCUCAAAUGAAAAAAGAAAAAGAAAUUAGAGAUAAAUUAAAAGCCGUUUACGGAGAAGUUGAUAAAGCUUGUAUUCUUCUUCAACAAUGCUCAACUUCUAUUUCUGAAAAUCUUAUCGAGAACGUUUUGGAAAGUCUUAGGCUACAUCUUAAUUCUCUUCUUACCGCUAAAUUGGCGGCGGCCUGCUUGUUCAAGCUGACUGACUUCUUAUGGAGAAAGAAAGCGGAUGCUCAAAAAGUAUUCUGUCGUGAACUUGUUGCCUCUGGAUUUUGCCGUUUAAUUGGUAAUCGGCAAAUUGUUGACAAAGUUCUAAGUGAUUGGAGUUCUGAAGAUCUCUUCGCUCAAAUCAGGCGUGCUAUUACUUACUUAAAUAUUGAAUGUAAGAAAAAAUCGACUUUUGGUUUGGCAUUCCUUGUUUGCUUUUUUGAUAAAGUUACGGCUGAUGAACAUUUCUUGAACGAUUCCGAAGUUAGAGAAAAUAUAUGUAAUAUUAUAUUAAGUCAUGCUAAUGAAGAAUACGACUCUCCUGAAUUUAUCGCUAAUAGAAUUGCUUAUUUACUUACAAAAUAUUCAAUGCCCAAUAAUGCAACGAUCGAGGAUUUAACUGGAAAAACAAUUGAAAUUUUCGUUUCCAAAAUAUUUUACCUGAGCGAAGAACAUUCUUUAGAACUCGUAUACACAAUCCUAGAUACUAUUCAAAAUAAGCAUUAUAUUCUUCGAAAAACGGGUGUUAUUUGUAUGGAUCAUCUGUUGACGGUUAUUGAAGAAUUCGCUCCAGAAAUUAUGGAAAGAGUGCAAGCUAGGAUUCUUGUUGCCAAUUUCGAUGGUACCGAAGAAGAUUACGCAGUUGCAGACGAUGAUAGUGAUGAUGAAAGCUUUUCAUUGCAAAUUUCAAAGAAAUACGCGGUAGCUUUGGCCGUUAAAAAACUACUGUCGAACCAUUCCAUUCCCGAACCGAAUACGAAUGUAAUCAAUUAUGCAAUUUACGACUUACAACAUGAUCAAAGAGCUGUUAGAGUAGCCGCCGCUAACGCUAUCGUUGACUCGUUACAAACAGUUGAAAACAUCGCUACUUUCUGUGGUGAUAUAAUGACGACCUACGAAAAUUUAUGUCAUAUAGAACCUCCGAAAUACGAUGAAAUGGGAAGGAUUGUUGUUCCAGCUUCGCCAGAUUUAUAUGAGAAAAGAUCAACAGUCAUUUAUUGCUUAUAUUUAAUAUCUGUAAAUAUGAAAUUGGACGAAAGUUUGGCUAUGUCUUUUGUUGACUUUUAUUUAAAUCUGGCUUUGAGAGAUAAUAAUAAAAUAAUCCGGGAGAAAGUUCUAUAUUCUGCAAAAAAGGCUAUUGAAUCUUUUGGUCAAGAUUAUCAUUUGGAAUUAAUAAAUCUUGUUGAUGAUUGGAUAAAGACGAGCGAAGGACAAUCAGAUAUAUUGGAUGAACAACAUCACUGUGCGGUUGUAAUGUUGGGUAGUCUUGGCAAAUUCUUGGAUAGGUCCGACCAGAGGGUAAUUUCCAUACUCAAACGUUUAAUCACCUGUCUUAAUACGCCAUCUAGCGUUGUUCAAAUGUCCGUCGCAAACUGUUUGGCGGAUCUUGCCGACGCUUUAGAAGACGAUUUACCUACUUACAUUAGACAUUUGCUAAAUAGUCUUUUUUCACUAAACGCCUAUGCGGAACGGGUAGGAUGUGCCUAUGGAGUUGCCGCCUUAAUAAAAGCUUACGGUAUUAAUGGAUGGUGGGAUUUUGAAAUUACAGACCAAGUGAAAGGGGCAUUGAGCAAUAAAAAAUGCUUUCAAUUUAGAGAAUCAGCUCUUCUUCUUGUCGAAAAAUGUUGCUAUCUCCUUGGUAAGGCUUGUGGUCCAAUGGUCUCUGAAUUAAUUCAGUAUCUGCUGGAUUGUUGCGCCGAUUCGAACAAGCAUGUACGCGAAGCUGCUGAGGAUACAGCUAAAGCCAUUAUGUCGAACCUUACUCAUACAGGGGUUAAACUUAUUCUACCUGAUAUCCUAAAGGGUUUGACUGUAGACUCCUGGAGAACGAAAGCAUCAUCCAUUGAUAUGUUGGGAGCUGUUGCUUUUUGUGCACCAAAACAACUGUCUGAGUUCCUACCUGGUAUAGUUCCAAAGCUUAUUGACGCUCUUUCAGAUUCCCAUCAGAAAGUAACCGAGGCUGGCCGUCAUGCUUUAUCUCGAAUAGGCAAUGUAAUAAAAAAUGAAGAAAUUCAAACCGUUGUACCCAUACUUCUCGACACAGUAAUUGAACCAGCUAAACAUACAAAACUUUGUCUAGAAACUUUAGCUUCUACCAGAUUCCAAAAUCAAGUUGAUCCACCGUCUUUAGCAUUAAUUAUGCCAGUUGUUUUAAGAUCUUUCCUUGAUAGAAGCGUUCAGAAUCGUACAAUGGCAUCGAAUAUCGUUGGAAAUUUAUUUUCUAUAUCAUCGAAAGAGCACGUUCAUCCAUAUUUAGAGUCGGUCAUGAAUGGAUUACAACAAACAUUGAUUGACCCUGCACCUGAAGUUCGAGCCAAUUCGGCGGCCGCUUUAGCAAGCGUUUAUAAAACCGUAAAGAACUCGUCUGAAGUUGUAUCGUUUAUUAAAUGGCUCAAAGAAAUGAUCAAGAGCGAAAACUCAACCGUUGAUAGAUCAGGAGCUGCUCAAGGUAUAUCUUACAUUUGGUCCGUAACGGACGACAGUACACUGGAAAGAAACGUUUUAACAAUUGUUAACGUUAUUAAGGAUUAUGAGAAUGUUUCACCAUAUGAAAGAGAUGGUCACUUGCAGAUAUUUCUCUACCUACCAGAAAUUAUUGGUGAAAGAUUUGAAAAGUUUAUUCCUAUUAUCAUUAACCCAAUACUAACGUCCUUAUCGGAUGAGAAUGAAUACGUUAGAGAUAUGGCUCUAAAAUGUGGAACGGGUAUUAUAAAUAAUUUCUAUCAGGCCGCUAUUGAAAUGAUGUUACCUGAAUUAUUAAGUGGUACGACAGAUGAUAAUUGGAGAAUAAGACUGGCUAGUAUCUCUCUGCUUGGCGAUCUUUUGUAUAAGAUUACUGGUAUAUCUGGCAAAAUGACAACUGAAACAUCAAACGAAGAUGAUAGUUUAGGAACGGAAAAAAUGAAUACAAGUCUACUUGUAGGUCUUGGCAUAGAAAAAAGAGAUUUAGUUCUUGCGGCUUUAUAUAUGAGCCGAUCGGACGUUACUUCCCAAGUUAGAAAUAGUGCAACUCACGUUUGGAAGGCUGUGGUUUCUCAUACACCAAAGACGCUAAAGGAAAUUCUCCCUAUUCUUUUUGACAGAAUUAUUGAACUCUUGUCGGCUGAUUCCUAUGAUAAGAGACAAGUUGCGGCCAGAGCUUUAGGUGAUGUUGUUAAAAAGUUGGGCGAAAAAGUUUUAUCGCAAAUUAUUCCUAUUUUGGAAACCGGUCUAGAUCAUGAGUCAGAAAGCAAAAGACACGGUGUGUGUGUUGGUCUGGCCGAAGUUGUUAAAUCAAGUAACAGGGAUCAUUUGCUUGUAUAUGCUGAUACAUUGGUACCGACAAUGUUUAAAGCUCUAAUCGAUCCAUCUGAAAAUGUUCGAGAAAGGGCCGCUGAUAUGUUCCAGGUCCUUCAAGAAGCUAUUGGUAAUAAGGCUGUAGAAGAAAUUCUUCCCAAGUUAACUAAAGCAUUAAGGGAGGAAACUGAGGACGAAAGGGCAUUGGAUGCGCUCAAACAAUUGCUUAAAGUUAAAAGCAAAGUCAUUCUCCCCCAUCUAGUCCCAGUUCUCAUUGCACCUCCGAUUAAUACAACCGCACUGGCUCAUUUAGCUGCUGUUGCAGGAGAUUCUCUUACCCGAUUCUUACCAAAGAUAAUUCCGGCGUUGCUAGUAGUACUAAGUAAAGAGGAAGAUGUUUCGGAUAAAUUUGAUGAGUGUUGCGAAGUACUAACUGCCCCACGAGAUUUCCAGGCUGGAAGAGCUGUUAUAGACGACCUUAGCGAUGAAUGUCGAAGUGAAUCGCUAGUAAGACGAGCAGCCGCUUGCAAUUUAUUAUGGAAAUAUUUGAAGGCUCGAAAAACAUUCCCAAUGGAAUGGAUUGAUAAGAUCUCCCGAAUAGUGUUUACAUUAUAUUUAGUGCCGAACGACAAAGUUUUGGCUGCAGCGACUAAAUGUCUAUCGGUAUUACUAGAUAGUUUCGACAUUGAGGACUGGUCCAAGAGCAUUUCGCUCCUUCGUCAGAACAUGCGGUUCGUUAUGAGUGAGGCAAAGGAUAAAGAGGUACCUGGCUUUGGCGUUCCUCGACUGGGGUUAGUCCCUCUAAGCGGACUUCUAAAAAAAUUACUUAUGACAUCCAAACCUGACGUGAAAGAAGGAGCGGCACUUAUGCUUCACGAUGCCUUAAGAAGGUCUCCAACGAAGAGCCUUUUGGAAGUUGGACAAGCCCUUUGCGGCUCUAUUAUUCGUUUGCUCACUGAAAAACAUAGUGUAACACUUAAAAUACCGCUUAUUGAUUGUCUUAUGAUCCUUAUGCAAAAAGUUAGCCAUCUGCUGAAAUUUUUCCUCUCCCAAAUAUCUACCGCCAUUACUCGUGGAUUAUCUGAACCUAAUAGACCUUUAAGACAGAAAUCAGUAAACUUAGCGAUGGUUUGCUUCCCGUACAUGCAAAAAAUGAAAUCGCUCCUUAUUGAUACACUCCAAGGAUUGAAACAAGACGAUAUACAAAUGAGAGAUACCUAUAUUCUAACUAUUCGAUAUGCUCUUCUCUAUUGCUCUGAGCAUAUGGGACAACAAAAUAUAGACGAGAUUCAUCAAGUCAUGACUUCAAUAAUGCUUCACGACAGCACAAAUCGCCAUCUUAGUGCCGGUUGCUUAGGGGUUUUGAUAGCGAAAGAUUUUGAAAACCAACAAUCUUUAUUGAAAACAAGUAUUGAGAAAACUUUGUCACCAUCAAGUUCAGCCGAGGAGCGACAUGCUCACAUCUUAGUUUUAAUGACCGCCUUAAAAGAAGGAGCUGAAAAGAUUUUCGAUAACGAUGAAAUUAAAUCUAAAAUCUGUUCAGCAAUAAAAUAUGCGGCUAUGUCGAGUAAACUCCCUGUGAAUGUUUGCGGUUUGAAAGCUGUGGGAUUUGCGCUAUACUACUUGGCAUCAAAUCCAAACUUAACCAUUCCCUCUGGUCUUUUAGAAGUUUUACAAAAAACAAUUGAUAAUGACACGAUUGAUGUACGACUCGUAAUUGCUAAAUCGAUUGUUUAUAUAUCCACAGCUGUUAAAGAUGACGAGGUGCUCCGUGAUAGUUUAUUAAUACCAUUUACCAAAAUCCUUCUCAGGAUAGUAAAAGAUAAGAAUUCAGCAGUUAGAUGCAGCGCUGAAGUCGGUUUGGUCCGUAUUCUUAAAGGUUUACAGGAUACAAAAGAUUUGGCUCUGAGUGUCCUUAAGAGAGAAUCGCAAACAGUUGCUGAUACAGCAGAAGACACACUUAAUAGAUUAUGCGAAAAGAAAAGAAAGGAAAUUGAUAAUUACGAUUUCCUUGAAUCUCUCGAUCAUACUUGUACGUUAUAAUGUUAAUGCAUGUUAUUGUAUCAUUGUCAGCGAAGAAAUAAAAUAAAUUUAGACAUAUUUC